CGGGAGCCGGGGAGCCGCCGCCGCCGGCCGGGUCAUGCCCGUGCGCCCGGGGCGGCGGGGCUGCGGGCUGCGGCGGGAUGGGCGCGCUCCGGGCCGGCGCCCUCGCCUUCCUCCUCCUCCUCUUCCUCAGCUGCUUCCUGCCCGGGCGCGGCCCGCUCAGGCUGGUCUCAGGGCGGGAGGAAAUCAAAGCUGCUUCCCGAGGCUCACCCCAGCCCAUGUCACCUUCUGAUUUCCUGGACAAGCUUAUGGGACGAACGUCAGGGUAUGAUGCCCGGAUUCGACCCAACUUCAAAGGUCCACCCGUCAACGUGACCUGCAACAUCUUCAUCAACAGCUUCGGCUCCGUCACCGAGACCACCAUGGACUACCGGGUGAACGUGUUCCUGCGGCAGCAGUGGAACGACCCCCGCCUGGCUUACCGCGAGUACCCAGACGACUCCCUGGACCUCGACCCCUCCAUGCUCGACUCCAUCUGGAAGCCAGACUUGUUCUUUGCCAACGAGAAAGGGGCCAAUUUCCACGAGGUCACCACCGACAACAAGCUGCUGCGCAUCUUCAAGAACGGCAACGUGCUCUACAGCAUCAGGCUGACUCUGAUCCUGUCCUGCCCCAUGGACCUCAAGAAUUUUCCCAUGGACAUCCAGACAUGCACCAUGCAGCUGGAGAGCUUUGGCUACACCAUGAAUGACCUCAUCUUCAAGUGGUUGGAGGAGCAGGAGGCCGUGCAGGUGGCAGAGGGCUUGACACUUCCGCAGUUUAUCCUCAGGGAUGAGAAGGACCUGGGCUAUUGCACCAAGUACUACAACACAGGCAAGUUCACCUGCAUCGAGGUGAAGUUCCACCUGGAGAGACAGAUGGGUUACUACCUGAUCCAGAUGUACAUCCCCAGCCUGCUCAUCGUCAUCCUCUCCUGGGUCUCCUUCUGGAUCAACAUGGAUGCGGCACCGGCCCGGGUGGGCUUGGGCAUCACCACUGUGCUCACCAUGACCACACAGAGCGCUGGCUCCCGCGCCUCCCUGCCCAAGGUCUCCUAUGUGAAGGCCAUUGACAUCUGGAUGGCCAUUUGCCUGCUCUUUGUCUUCGCUGCCCUGUUGGAGUACGCAGCCGUCAACUUCGUCUCCCGCCAGCACAAGGAGUUCAUGCGCCUGCGCCGGCGCCAGCGGCGCCAGAGAAUGGUCCUGAGCAGCGGCACGGGCAGCCUGGAGUCCCUGCGGCAGGCGAGCGGCCGGCACGGCGGCGAGCACACCUACAUGACGCUCUCACAGCUCUCCAGCUCCCGGCCCCUGAGCAUGGCUACCAGAGAUGAGCACCCACCAGCCAGGGCAGGGAAGUGGGGAGCUCUGCUGAGCCCAGGAACCAUGUGCUGGCUUAAACCAGACCAAAGCGCAGCUGUCCUGGGGUGUAGCAUCGCAGGGAUGCACCAGGAGCAUCCAGAGAUGCUGCACAGACCCCACAAAGAAGGGCUCGGGAAGUUCCUUGCACCCAGCCCCAAUAAGCACCGUGGGGCUGCCCCAGCCCAGGGGGGACCCAUAUGGGAGGAGCAGCACUCUCAGUCUGGAUCUCCUCCCCCGGAUGCCCUGGCAGGCCCUGCUGUCUCUCUGUGCCGAGGGAAUAGCUGCAGCCUCCUCACCGCGUUCCCCAGGGCUGCUGCAAGCGCUUAGCCUAGGGCAGGAGAAUAAAACCCUGCUGCAAAUGCGAGCUAAUCUCAGCAAUUUGAGCUGGUGCUGCUCUUCCCACCGAGAGAUCUUGCUUAGCUGGUGGAUUGCUGAGUUAAAUAAAGAUGCCAGAGCGCACGCUCUCCGCAUGACAGCCCCCUUGCCAGCUGAGCGCCUGCGGGGGCUGAGCGCAGCGAGGAGGCUCAGUGCCCCUCCGGAUGGCAUUGGGGAUCCAGCACCAGGGCUGUGCACGGCCAAGGCAUGAGGCACGGAGCCAGCCUGCAGCACUCCCUAAGAGCAGGGACCCACCGCAACCACAUACGGCACCAGUAGGGCGGGGAGGCGGAUGAGACACAGACCAAAUGAGUGCCCCGGGGGCUCGGCGAGAAGAGAGGGAAUGAAGGCUUGUACGUGCUGGUCCCUUGCCUAAUCUUUGCGCACACAGCUUCCCCCGAGGAUAAACGAGUGUGAUGAGGAAAGGGGCUGUCAGCGGGGAGGAGCGUGGCCGGUACCCGAGGGGCUGCGAGGGCAGCGGGGCUGUGCUGUGAGUGAUGGCAACGGGCUGCGGCCCACGGGUGAGGGCGGGCACCCGGCUCUCAUGGCAUUCUUGGAGGCUUGAUCAUGGGCAUGCAGCCCCGUGGGCAUGGUGUCCUCCCCGCAGCACCCACCAGCUUAGAGCAGGGGUGGGGUGAGCAAUAGCAGAGGGAGCAGCAAGCAGUCCAGCUCUCUCAUCCUUCCUCCUCUGCUGCACCGGGCAGCUCCUGCCAAGCUCCUACAGGGAGAAACAUGUUCUGGGACCUUGGAUU